CACCAAAUAUCUGGCAACUAUGCUUCAAAGUGCCAAUCUCGGACGGAAGAAGAAGCUCGCUGGAACUUGGCCCGAUCUGACUGAUUGUCUGUCUGCUUGUGAGAGGUUCCAUCCUUGAACUUAACCAUGAGACUCAUGUCCAAGAAGUGAGCCCCUCCCUCAGGCAAUCACCCGCACCCACGAGGACCACGGUCCCCCACUCCCUCUCUGUUUCACUCUAGUCAUCAGUGGGUCCAUCACGUAUGUGCGCUUUCCAAUUCUUUCAUUCUAAACGGAUCCUGACAUAGAUUGAAGUGCCUGGGCGUGUCCUCCGCGAUUACCAGCCCACCCUCCCCACUCCUUCCCUCCACUGGACGUCAUGGAUUCCAUGCUGAAAGAUUUACCCGUGCGCUCGAAAGACAGUUUCUCUCGCCUGAAGGAGACGCCCAGUCAUGCGGGUCACGCCAAGGGCUGCAUCUUGUCCAGUGCGGCGCAUUCCCAGCAACGAUUCUAUCAGUAUGUGCCCACCAAGGAGUUCCCCAGUGAGCAAGUCAUCGUCACCGAGAAGACCAACAUUCUAUUGCGAUAUCUCCAGCAACAAUGGGACAAAAAAUCGGCCCAACAAGCGGCGGCGGCCGCUGCAGCGGCUGCCGCAUCCUCGUCAGUGUCUGGUUCGUCUUCCUCGGCCCAUGGGAGCCACAAGCGAGAUUUUGAUCCCAACGAUGGAUCACAACGCGGGUCCUUACGGAAACGAUCCCGAUUGGAUCACCAUCAUCCGGGUCCGUCCAAUAAUCACUAGUUCCGCCUACUACCUACUGCGCAGAAAGGCAGAAUACCUCAGAACACGAUUGAUCUUGAUACAAUCUACAAAUAUGUCCUCUCGUGGCAUGCCAUGUUCAGAAUAGAAAAUCUCGCCCGCUCAUGUCUUAUCCGAA